AUGAAGGAAAUGUGUUAUAUUGUUCCUGGUGAACUUGGUUUACUCAUUCAAGUUUUUAUGGGAUGUAUUUCUCUUUCUAUUUUAUUUACAAAAUACAUUUUUGAAAAACCAAAAAGACUAUUUGUUAUAUUUUUAAAAGAUUUAAUUAUUAUUUCUUGUGGUUCUAUAACACUUCAUUUAGUAAAUAUAUGUCUAUGUAUUCUUUUAUUUCGAUACGAUAUUUUAUUAUAUAUAUAUAAUAUACAUAUGGAUGAAUGCUCUAUAUAUUUUAUUCAUAUAAUUAUUGAUAUAACCUUGGGAUUAUACUUACAGCAUAGGAUAUUUGCUCUAUAUAAAUUUAUUAAAGUAAGAAAUGGAUAUUUACAAAAUAGUUCCAUUUCUCAUAUUUACAAGCCUGUUGAUGCUCUCUCACAUUAUUCAUCUUUUUUAAAUUUCAUGAAUAAUUCAGAGGACGAUAAUAAAGUGGGACCUAGUAAAGAACUUACAAAUGUAAUAAAUAUUAUAAAUAAAGAUAAGAAUAAUAACAUAUUUUACAAAGGAUAUAAUAAUAAUGAUAAAGAGAAGGAAGAUAUAUAUAGGAAUUAUUUCAAGACAUAUCAUGAUUAUGAAGAAGAGGUAACAUUAGAAGCAAAUAUUCAUGAGCAAGAAAAAAAAAAUAUAUAUGAUUUAAAUUUUUUAAAUAAUAAAACACACACAGAUAUUUGUGCCUCUUCAAAAUAUGAAAAUAUUCAACAUAGUGAUAAGCAAAUAAUUACAUAUGAAAAGGAAAAAAGUAUGUACGAUUUUAACUUUUAUAAAAAUAUAGGAGAAAAAUAUGAAGACUUAAAUUUCUUACCAUCUAUAAUUUUAUGGAUAUUUGUUAUCUUAACAACUAAAAUUAUUACAUUAAUAUUUUUUUUAGUAUUAUUUCCUUUAUUUAAUUUUUUCGUCAUAUAUACUAUAGAUUUUAUUAAGGAUACGAAAGUUAAACUUUUACUAGUAAUGAUUAUAUUGCCUUUCUUUUUUAAUUUCAUAAUGUACUUUUUCAUAGAUACAAUGAUACAAAGGAAACAUAAAUAUAAAAAAUGGCAUAAUGAUGAUUCCAUCUAA